AUGGCGCCAAAGAGCAGAGUCAUCUUCGACACUGAUCCAGGUGUCGAUGACAUGCUGGCCAUGUUGCUGGCCUUGGCAUCGUCGCCCGAAGAAAUCGAGCUGCUCAUGAUCUCGGUGACGUACGGCAACGUUCCGCUCAAGAGCUGCCUCAAGAAUGUCGUCUCCAUGUUCCACGUCCUGGACAAGGAGUUGGAAUGGCGUCGAUCUCAAGGCAAGCCUGAAGGUUUUGCCUCGCUGAGAGCGUACAAGCCUGUCGUGGCCAUCGGCCCCGAGCAUGCCUUGGAGGAGGAAAUCUUGAUGGAGGAUGGCUUUCAUGGAUCUGAUGGACUUCACGGAGUCCACGAGGCGCAUCCUCACUUGAAUCCAGAUGAGACUUGGAAAUCUCUGUUCGAGGAUGGCGUGCCUACGCCGGCGCAGGACCCUGCAUACUACUCCUACUUUACGCCUUCCAAGGUGCCAGCUCACAAGGAGAUGCUACGGAUACUAAAGGAAGAGCCCGCAAACACCAUUACCAUCUGCGCCGUCGGUCCCAUGACCAACCUGGCCAUGGCUGCUGCCGAGGACCCGGAAACCUUUCUGCGCGCCAAGGAGGUAUGCGUCAUGGGCGGUGCCAUUGAGGUGCCCGGCAACAUCACCCCGGUGGCCGAGUUCAACACGUACGCCGACGCCAUCGCCACGGCCCGCGUCUUUGCUCUGACGUCGGCCGUCCCUUCGUCGACCAUGCCCGUCGUCCCUCAGACCAUUGCCAAACUGCCGCCUUACCCAGAGAACCUGUCGCGGCGCCUCAAGAUCCUUCUCUUCCCUCUCGACAUUACCACGCCGCAUCUCUUGAAUCGCAACUUUUUCUUUGACUCGGUUACACCCCACGUCAAGGAGGGCAGCCCUCUGGCCAUGUGGAUCAACACCAUCAUGGGUGGCGUGUUUCGUCAGAUUGAGAAAAACUAUGGCGAUGACGAGGAGCCCGGACUAUCGCUGCAUGACCCCCUGACGAUCUGGUACAACAUUACGCGCGACCAUCCGGCGUGGAAGCUGGCCAGGAGCGAGCCCGAGGACAUACGCAUCGAGACGUCGGGCCAGUGGACUCACGGCAUGCAUGUCUCGGACUCGCGUGGUCGUAAGAGGGCUCCUGGGGCCGGAUCUGCCAUUGGCGUCACUGCCGACGGGCAGGGAGCCGUAGACGUGGCCGUCGACGAGAUUCCCGGUGACGACUUUGGCUGGCUGAGCGCAAAGAGAGGAAACAGAAUUCACAGAUGGGCCGAGAGUCCCGGCUUCGACAAGUUUGCGCCAGAUUUGAUGCACCGCCUGUUCAGCUGA